AUGCAACUUGCAGCUUGCAAGCUACCUAGGGAGCCUGUUGAGAAGAUCCGAGCCGAUGAAUACCCUUUGUUAAAAGAUACAACCUAUCUCGAUCAUGCUGGGACAACACUCUAUGCCAAGUCUCUUAUAGAGGCUUUCUCGCAGCGUCUGACGAGUAAUCUCUUUGGGAACCCUCACUCUGCUUCUUCACCUUCCCAGUUAUCUACUAGCCUAAUUGAUGAUGCAAGGCUACGAAUUCUACGUUUCUUCAACGCAAAGGCGGAAGAAUUCGAUGUUAUCUUCGUGGCCAAUGCAACCGCUGGAAUCAAACUUGUAGCAGAAAGCCUUCGGGAUUAUGACUCAAAAGGGUUCUGGUACGGGUACCAUGUUGACUCUCAUACCAGCUUGGUUGGUGCUAGAGGCAUGGCCGAUCAGGGAAGCAGGUGCUUCGUUAGUGACGAGGAGGUAAACGAGUGGAUUGAGAGAUUGAAAAGUGAGCAUGAUACUUUAGAGUCUGUCCGGCCGGUCCUCUUUGCGUAUCCUGGCCAGUCCAAUAUGACCGGUCGUCGGCUGCCAUUAGGUUGGUGCAAAGACAUUCGCGCUUGCACGAGCAUUGAUGGAAAAAGGAAGGCCUUCACAUUAUUCGAUGCUGCGUCACUUGCCUCUACAUCUUCCCUGGACCUCAGUGAUUCCACCCGCACCCCAGAUUUCACUGUCGUCAGUUUCUAUAAGAUCUUCGGAUUUCCUGACCUUGGAGCUCUCAUCGUUCGCAAAGAUGCGAGCCAUCUUUUUCAGAACAGAAAGUACUUUGGUGGAGGAACAGUUGGAAUGGUCUUGUCCAUUGGGGAAGAGUGCCAUGCCAAAAAAGAUUCUUCUCUCCAUGAACAGCUUGAAGAUGGCACCUUGCCUUUUCAUAAUAUCAUUGCGUUACAUUCUGCGUUUGAUGUACAUGAACGCAUAUACUGCUCCAUGGAUAACAUAUCUCGUCAUACUAGGGAUAUGGCUAAGAUAUUAUACGAUGGGCUUUCAUCAUUGGAGCAUGGAAAUGGUACAAAAGUAUGUGUAAUAUACAAGGGGCCAGGUGCAUAUACAGAUCGCGCACUCCAGGGCCCUAUCGUAUCAUUUAAUUUGAAGGACAGCACUGGUGGUUGGAUUCGGAAGUCGGAGGUAGAGAAGCUAGCAGCUGUCAAUAAUAUUCAGAUCCGCUCGGGGACACUAUGCAAUCCCGGAGGGAUGGCGUAUUAUCUUGGGUUGCAGGCUGAAGAGAUGAAACGAAACUACAGCGCCGGACAACGCUGCGGAGACGACAACGAUAUCAUUGCCGGAAAGCCCACAGGUGGCUUACGUGUUAGUUUAGGUGCCAUGACGUCAAGAAAAGAUAUUGAUAUAUUUCUCGGGUUCAUCCGAGAUUUCUACGUUGACGAAUGCAUAGUUAGCGAAACUGCACCUCAUCAUGGCACCUUUGUCCCUUCUGUUCAACAGUAUCCCUCGCGGUUUUUUAUUGAGAAGCUCUGUGUCUACCCGAUAAAGAGCUGCGGAGCGUUCGUUGUCCCUGAAUCGAUGGCAUGGGAAGUCAAGCCAGAGGGACUAGCCUGGGACAGAGAGUGGUGUUUGAUACACCAAGGAACGAUGGUGGCUCUGAGCCAAAAACGAUACACAAAAAUGGCACUCAUACGACCAGUCAUAGAUCUCCAUCGACGUACAUUGCGAGUUACACUACCAGACUCAGGAUCAUGUCAGAACACGAUAGAGAUACCAUUAUCUGUUGAGUCCACCGAUCUUACUGAAGGACAAGGACAGCUCUACAAUAAUUCUACAAGGCAACAGUCAACCGUUUGUGGAGAUAGAGUCUCCGUGCAAGUGUAUAAAUCUGAUCGACUCUCGUCAUUUUUCUCUAAUUUUCUAGGUGUCCCUUGCAUGCUUGCAAGAUUCCCCCCUCAAAAGAACCAUUCAUCUGCCCGGUUUUCAAAAACAUCUCAAAAUUUUGCAAAAAGGAAUAUGCGCCCUUUCAGUCCCACGAAUGAAAUACCUGGGUCAUUUCCUGAAGCCGUUGCCUCCGGGUCAAAUCGCCCCAUCCUCCUAUCUAAUGAGGGUCCUAUACUCCUUAUAUCCCGUUCGAGCGUCAACAAGGUUAAUGAAACUAUAAAAUCUUCAGGGAAACCAAACUCUACCUCCAAAACUGUUGCAGCAGAUGUAUUCCGUGCUAAUGUUAUUGUUUGCGAGAACAUUGCCACAGCUACAUCUAACCCACCGCCCGCACAUUGUUCAUCAACUCCAUCUGAACAACCAUAUAUAGAAGAAUUAUGGACUGGAUUCCGAGUUGGAGGCAUCAAUUUUGAUACACUCGGACUCUGUCAAAGGUGUCAAAUGAUUUGCAUUGACCAACACACUGCCACACGCAGUGAUGAGCCAUUUUCUACCCUGGCUAAGACCAGGAAGGUUAACGGGAAGGUAUAUUUUGGUAGGCAUGUUUGUUUAUCUGAAAAAUUUGAAGAGAGACAUAUAACACUCAGAGCGGGUGAGUUAGUGACGCCAGUUUAUGAUUGA